AUGUCGAUGUUCCGGGCCAAGAAGCUCGAUCUGGGCUGCUUCAUCAAGCCUCGAACCAUUCGCGACCACACCAAGCGCCUAGUCUUCGAAAAAUUCGAGCCCGAGCGUCAAGCUCUCCGCUACAUCAUCCGCAACACAACCCUCCCCCCUCGAGUCCGAGCCGAAGCCCAGCUGCAGUUGACGCAAAUGCACUCCUACACCCGUGGCACACAGAUUCGAAACAGAUGCAUAAUGGGUGGACAAGGGCGCGGUGUUCUCCGGGAUUUCAAGAUGACUCGAUUCCAGUUCCGUAUGGAGGCCAUGGCAGGAAACAUUCCUGGUAUCAAGAGAGCAAGUUGGUAA